UCCCUGAAGCCCUAAACAUCCAAUCCUGUUCUAGUCCGAGGGUUACAUAAACUCUUCUUUUAUAAAAAGACUGUUGCUUCUCCUCUCAGUACCGUCUCCAAUUAUCUCAGUCCAUUUCGGGAGUCGAGCCGGUCAUUUUCUGACGUGGCCGGAACAUGCAUUUUGGCGCAAAGCAGAUGUUGAAUUCAUUCGAGUUGUAUUAUUAACAGAUUGGCUAUUUUUACUUGUUGGUGUGAGUUUUCCCCACCCAAGUCACUUUCUUGCAUCAAAAGAGACAGUUUACAAGAUCAUUACAACUUAAAAACGACAAAAAUGGCACUAAAGAAUAAAAUCCUUCAUCUGAGCUGCAGGAGUGUUUUGGGAGAAGUGCUCAACAAGAGGUUUGCCAGUAAUUCUCGCGCGCUGCUCAAAUCUGCAACCAGCGAGUCGCUCCGGAUCUGUGCGACCGGACAAGAGACUUUCCCGGGGGAUUUGAUCCCACCGGGGGCCAGGGCGGAGGUGGUCGCUAAGGAGACCCGGAUCAAAAGUCUAAAAGAGAUGCCGGGACCCAGCGCCGUCAGCAACCUGAUCGAGUUCUUUUACCGGGACGGUUUCAGUAGGAUCCACGAAAUACAGAUGGAACACUCUCAGAAGUAUGGGAAGAUCUUUAAGUCUCGUUUCGGCCCCCAGCUGGUUGUGUCUAUCGCAGGGCGGGAUCUGGUUGCCGAGGUGCUGAGGACGGAGGGUGUGGCCCCGCAGAGAGGCAACAUGGAGUCCUGGAAGGAGUACCGCGACCUGAGGGGCCGAUCUACCGGACUUAUCUCAGCGGAGGGUGAGGACUGGUUGAAGAUGCGUAGCAUCCUCCGUCAGCUGAUCAUGAGACCGAAGGACGUGGCUCAGUUCUCUGACGACGUGAAUGCUGUGGUGGAGGACCUGGUGAAGAGAGUGGAUACGCUGAGGAGCCAGCAGUCAGACGGACUCACUGUACUCAAUAUUAACGAUCUGUUUUUCAAAUACGCAAUGGAAGGUAUGGCAGCCAUCUUGUACGAGGACCGUCUGGGCUGCUUGGAGAAUGAGAUUCCUCAGAAGAGCCAGGACUACAUCGCAGCCCUGCACCUGAUGUUUAGUUCCUUCAAGAUGACCAUGUACGCCGGGGCCAUCCCCAAGUGGCUCAGAACCGUCAUCCCCAGACCCUGGGAGGAGUUCUGCAGCUCCUGGGACGGACUCUUCAGUUUCAGCCAGAUCCAUGUAGAUAAGCGUCUGGGGGAGAUCCAGGAUCUGGUGUCCCGAGGAGAGACGGUGAAGGGGGGGCUUUUAACUCACAUGCUGGUGACCCGAGAGAUGAACCUGGAGGAGAUCUACGCUAACAUGACUGAGAUGUUACUGGCUGGGGUGGACACGACAUCAUUCACCCUGUCCUGGGCCUGCUACCUCUUGGCCCGUCACCCUGAGGUCCAGCAGGAGAUCUACGAGGAGGUGACGAGGACUCUGGGACACGGGACCAUCCCCACCGCUGAUGACGUCCCCCGUCUACCCCUCAUCAGAGGACUGGUGAAGGAGACACUAAGAAUGUUUCCUGUUCUGCCAGGUAAUGGGCGUGUCACCCAGGAUGACUUGGUGGUUGGCGGUUACUUCAUCCCCAAAGGGACCCAGUUGGCUCUAUGUCACUACUCUACCUCCAUGGACGAGGAGAAUUUCCCCGGGGCUGAUGACUUCCGUCCAGACCGCUGGAUCAGGAAGGACGCUACGGACCGGGUGGAUAACUUCGGCUCCAUCCCGUUCGGCUACGGCAUCAGGAGCUGCAUCGGCAGGAGGAUAGCUGAACUGGAGAUGCACCUGGCUCUUACACAGCUGAUCCAGAGGUUCCAGAUUGGGCUGUGUCCCAUCACAGAAGAAAUCAAAGCCAAAACCCACGGCCUCCUCUGUCCUGCUGCGCCCAUCAACCUGCAGUUUGCCGACAGACAACCCUAGACCAAAACCCACGGCCUCCUCUGUCCUGCUGCGCCCAUCAACCUGCAGUUUUCCGACAGACAACCCUAGACCAAAACCCACGGCCUCCUCUGUCCUGCUGCGCCCAUCAACCUGCAGUUUGCCGACAGACAACCCUAGACCAAAACCCACGGCCUCCUCUGUCCUGCUGCGCCCAUCAACCUGCAGUUUGCCGACAGACAACCCUAGACCAAAACCCACGGCCUCCUCUGUCCUGCUGCGCCCAUCAACCUGCAGUUUGCCGACAGACAACCCUAGACCAAAACCCACGGCUGUCCUCUGUCCUGCUGCGCCCAUCAACCUGCAGUUUGCCGACAGACAACCCUAGACAGAUACACUGUUUAACUCCUUUCUUCUCCUUAUCUCUCUAGUGAGGUAAAUGGGUAAAUAACAGACAGACUGUCAGGUUUAUACCAUCCUGUACCCAGAUGCUAUUGUUCUGUGUAAACAGCCUCUAAGAUACAGGAUGUACACAGACCAUAAAUAUAUAUAUAUAUACAAUAUCAAUACUUGUUUAAUUUACAACUUUUCUAAGUCCUGUUAUCAACUGACUUCAGCACAGUGUCUGGCUGUGGAUUGGCUGCAUCGUCUGGCUGUGGAUUGGCUGCAUCGUCUGGCUGUGGAUUGGCUGCAGUGUCUGGCUGUGGAUUGGCUGCAGUGUCUGGCUGUGGAUUGGCUGCAGUGUCUGGCUGUGGAUUGGCUGCAGUGUCUUGCUUGUGGAUUGGCUGCAGUGUCUGGCUGUGGAUUGGCUGCAGUGUCUGGCUGUGGAUUGGCUGCAGUGUCUGGCUGUGGAUUGGCUGCAGUGUUUGAAUGGAAUGUUGGCAUAUUAAUAAAAAAAUUUUAUACAAAAAAACUGGAAAAAAAAACUGUGGAAAAACUGGCUAGCAAACAACCUGUGCAGUUCUAUCUACAAAAUGCAUUGCUUUACAGACUGUUUGAUUUGGUAUUUGAUUAAAGUGCUCCUUUUACGACGAUGGAUGAUUUAAAAAAGUUGUCAUGACGAUUUAAAGUUGGUUUACAGUCUAAAAAAAAGAAUUGUCAGAUAUGUGCUGGUCAUUUUUGAAAUGGCUAACGAGCUAGCAACUAACCAAAACCCCGUCGUUUAUAAUGUUGCUUUUAGUUUCCUGGCUCGUUAGAUUGACGUUAUCCUAAAUACAUUUGUUUAUUUUAUUUUAUUUAAAAUGGAUUGGUUUAUUUGGUGUUUAAAAUAGACUAGCUAUGCGAUUUGAAACAGAGACUGGAAUAACUUGUCUGUUUAGGUCAUACAUGAGCACACAGAAACUAACCCAGUGUACUUCUUCAAGUCUCUUACGAUCCUUAUACGCUCAAAAGGUUUUAAAAAAAAAAAUUUGUCUGACUGACCUUGAAUUGUUCAAACUGUUUUUUUUUGGGGGGGGGGUUUCUUCCUGGACUUGUUUCCUGGUCACGUGAGAGACCGUGACUGUUUGUUUUAUACUGUAUGUAGGAAGCACCGCAGAGAGACCGUAUUUAAGAAGAAAGGAUUGAAAUGGAGAGAGGGCUUGUUCGAAAGGGGCAGAGAAAUACGUAGACCGUAGGUUCCUUCUGUUUGAUGACGAAGAAGGUUUUUUAAAUAGAGAUUCCAGAUCUGGAAACCUAAUGGGAAAAGGUAUUUAGAAAGUGUCUUGUUGUUUUGGUGUCGUACUGCUCUGAGCAGUGAAAUGAGUCUGAGGUCAAAAAGGUGCCAGGGUCUAACCGAGUCUCCCAUGUUUUAACUUCGUAAGGAAGAGAAUUGGAUGUUCAUCUAUGAUUAGUAGACUAAUGUCCGACCAGUUUCUAUAAAUUCCACGGUAACUAAUUGAGAUGGUGGUUCCAUGUCCAAGAAUAAAGUCACUUCCUGUUGAGUUCCGUAAUAAAGUCACUUCCUGUUGAGUUCCGUAAUAAAGUCACUUCCUGUUCCGUA